AUGACCACACGCGCAACUCCCAGCGCCCUGGAUCCCCUCAGUUCUUCAUCGCUGAACAAGCUGCACGAAACCCAACCACCCACAAAAAAACGCAAGAUCGGAGCCGAAAAUGCUGCCGGUCAGCUCUCAACAACUUCAAUUGUCAUUCGGGCCCAUGCUGCGUCCUUAUCAGAUGAACCUCUAAUCCUCGAACCAAUCUGCCUACUCCCUCGAUCUCGGUUUCCGCUAUCUUGGCUUGAAGACGCGUCGUGGUCGCGCUCGGAUGCGCAACCUGGCGGCUUAUUCGGAGCCGACAUCCCCGCUCUUGAAAGGGACUUGCGGGCUUGCGCUGAACCGACGGUGCUAGCAGUCCGAUUGGCCGCAAGUGGAGGACUUUAUGUUGUUGAGCGAGUCAAGCGGGGCAUUUACUCUCUUUCAAGGCUGGCACGAUGGGUGCAGGAAGGCGACGUUGUCGUCGCGGUCAAGGGAUGGCAAGGGUCGAGAGUUGUCGUCAUGGAAGUCGACAUCGAGGACAAAUUAUACGCAGCACUGGAUGGCAUGAACUGGUGGCAGAAUGCGCAGAUUGAGGAGCCGCCUUCUGAUCUGUGCCUGGGCGAGGAGUUCGCCGGGUUGCAGGUGGAUGUGGUGUUUGGAUCGUCGGGCAUGGAUGAUCCGAAUCUGCAGACAUCUUUCGUGGAUGUACUUGAGCACCGAGGCCAGUCUCUUGCCCCAAAUGUGAUCGGGGAUGAUUCCCAGAUGAAUAGUUCGUUCGGGCUUGGUGAUUCGCAAGUCCUUGGUGCUUCAGACUCCAUGGAUAUUGAUGCCGCCCCGGGUAUGAAGCAAUCUCCGGAAGAGCUACUCAACGGGAUGCGAGAGCAUUAUUUACAAGCUCUAUAUAUCUCCAAGACCUCCCUUGCCUAUUUUGCCAAGGGACCAUUGACCCGCUGUCGAACCGCUUUCCAAAACUGCGACUCCGAGCAGACUCAAAGGCCUGACCAAUUCAUUGACUUUUACCGGGAGGCUAUUUUGGCAGCUAAGAAGAUGGACCUCAAAUAUCGCGAGUCACUACCCGCAUCGGUCCGCGAAGCAGUGCUUGCUGUCUCAGACGAUGAGGCUGCUGUAACCAAGAAGCGCAAGACUAAGAAGAAGAAGCUAGGCAAGAAUGGUCUUUACCCCGAAGAGGAUGAAUUUGUCCGCAAAUGGUGGAAAGACCGAAACAUGGUGGAUGCUUCGACUCAAGCAGGCUCCCGUGAGGCGGAAACGAGAAGGCACAUUUCCGAUCUGCGACUGCGCGAGACACAAUUACAGAUCUUGUUGAUCCUGGAAGUCAUGGCUUUGGAGUCGACUCUCAUUGUGAAGAAAGAUUCAAACGGCAUCAAGCCGAUAGGCGAAGAGACAAGCACUCCCAAGAAGAGGACGAAGAAACAUCAAGAUCUCAAUGUCCUUCUUGAAUUGCAUCUGGAUCGCCUGUGUAUCUGGCAUGCCGUAAGCAUGGAGGAAUCAAGCGCUGCUGACUCGGCAAAGGCCUCGUCCUUCACGGACGGCCAUAACUCUGGCAAGAAGGUUGAAAGUGACGCUGUGCGUGACUUUUGCACUGAAGUCAUCAUCCCGUUCUAUGCAUCUCGACUUCCCGACAAAUGCAAGCUGAUCACUCGCAAGUUCGGCGUGUCUGGUGGCAUUUCUCCUACUGCCAAGAAGACCCAAAAGUCCCGCCGUCCGGAACCAGGGUCUGAGAUCAAGCGAGAACCCCCAGCGCAAAAGCCUAGACGAUCACUACAGCGAGUUCUAACAGACGAAAGAGCGGCCUCGCUUCCUCGCCAUCCAUCGUUAAGUCGGUCUAAAACUGCCCCGACUCAGCAUGAUACAAAGCGUGAUUCCAUGGAGCCUAUGCUGCCAACGGUCAUGGGUGGUAGUGUCCGUGGUGGUAUCCAGGUCAAACGAGUGGAGAAUCGCGAGAUCGAUCUUAACGCGGCUGCCAGGCAACACGAGAGCAAGUUGCGCAAGGUACAGAUGUUGGCUGAUCAGAAGAAAGAACUCGAUAACGCCAUUCAAACUCUUCGCAAGCCGAACAGAGAAGUUGUUGCUCGGGAUAUUGCCGAGGAUGCCACCAAAAGAAUGUCUACAGGAGGAGGAAGCUCUCGAAAGUCAAAGAAUCCUGUUCGAAAUCCACUUGGUGAGGGUGUGCAGGUCAUGGCAACGCCACGUGGGAAUCGCAGGAAGGAUGCAAUAGUUGGAUUACCCCCUCUACCGCGCAGUCUAGCCCCUUCGCGGUCUUUUGCGGGAGAAAUGGAGGAUCACUCUCUCGCAGAGUCCCCUGUCAUGAUCCCGUCGUCAACUCGACGGGCUAUCUCAUUCUCCGGUGCUGAUUCAACACCCUUUGGCUCUCAACGCGCCUCGGGGAAACGGCCGCGCGAGGCACAAACCCAGCCAACUGAACUCGGUUCGAUUCAAGAAACACCGACCCGACCUCCGUCUCAAUUACACUUCAAUAGCCAGAGCACAGAUCUAGCACAUCGACCGUCCAUGUCUUCUGCUAAAGGCAUGGGCCUCUUUCGAGUGCCGGAUCUCCCUGCACCUUGGCCAGACCAUACCGAUCCAUUCUCAUACCCUCAAGUCAUGGCUCCAACUACACCCGUGUCAUCUCGCCGCAAAAAUAAUAUCCUUGCUCCCGACUCAUCCCCCAAUCCUGGAAGGUCUUCGCAAGGGCCUAGGUCGUCGAUGAUUACGGAAACACCUCCUAAGCAGCAGGGCACAAAUCCCAUGCUCGUACCCAGAUCUGUGCCCUUGUUCGCCCCCAGCACAUCGCAAGUACCACUCUAUCCAGCUGUCAUUGGAUCGCCGGUUAAAAGCGCUACUCUUGUGCCGGUCACCCCGGAAAAGCCACAGACAAAGUCGAUUUACGAGCAGUUGGGAUGGGAUGAUGAUGAAAUGGACCUGUGA